UCAGCGUGUGCGAUUCCUCCGGCAGUCCAGUGCACACCAUUUGGCAUCAACUUUGACUUCAUCACGCAGUUACCGUUUGAUGGGCAUGUUUAUGUCAGGGGCCAUUACCGUGACCUUCAGUGCCACAGAGACUGUCUGCAGGUCAAAAACACGACUAACUCGUUUCAGAUUCCGUUCGAUCGGUGCGGGCUGCGUAAGCACAGAAAGAUGAAUCCAAAGGGUAUCGUUACCAGCUCUACGUUCGUCAUUAGUUUUCACCGUAUUUUUGUGACCAGCGUUGACCGAGCUUUCUAUGUUGAAUGCUUCUAUGCCGAGGAAGACCAAAUUGCACUGCCGGUCGCAGAUUUGGACACCAAAUCGCAGAUGCCAAUGUGCAGCUAUCACGUGGUAACCAGCACUCCGAACGGAACCGUGGAGGUGACCUUUGCAAGCAUCGGCGAUGAGGUGGCGCACAAGUGGAAGUGCGAGCACGAAAAGUCUGUAGACAUGUACUGCAUGGUGGUGCACAGUUGUUCAGUAGACGACGGAAACGACGCAUCGUUUGAAAUUGUAGACAAGGACGGGUGUUCCAAAGAUCGUUACCUGUUGGACGAGUUGACGUACUUCGAUGACUUAACGGCCGCGGUUCGAUCGAACGUGUUUAAGUUCGCAGAUAAGGCGCACGUGCACUUCUCGUGUCAAGUGCGACUCAGCCUCAAGAAAGAGUACGAGGACAAUACAUGUCCGGUGAAUUUAUGCAUAAAUUUUAUCAUAAUCGUUGUUCUUUUUCAGUCCGCUGUUGGAUGA